CCGGGUCCCGCACACAACGUACCGUCGAGGCCCGUCUCUCUGGUUCCACAACACGACGGCGUGUGUCGGCUCGCGGUCCGGCGGCUCGACCCUCUGGAGCCAUGAGCGCAGACAACCGUGUCGGAGACGUGUCGGUGUCUUUACGGAACCUGCUCAACUCGGUCCAGUGCGUCAGAGACCGCGUCAGAGACGGAGAAUCCAACAAAUCAGACGGAGAGUUCGACCUCUCCAACUUCUGGGACACGCUGAACCAGGCGGUGAAGGUCGUGUCUCAGGAAGCCACCAAACUAAGCCUGGCCUUCUCCAACCCGCCACUGCCGUCGCAACAGGAUGGAGAGAAGUUGGCGGACUCCAUCCUGAACAGUGUCCUGACGCUGUCCACGGUGUAUUACUGGCUGCCAAAGAGCCAAGGCAUCACUCUGCGGCGACAGGUCCGAGACGCCACGGUGCAGGUUCUGGACGGAGUCGCUCAGCUGGUGGAGGUCAUCCUGAGUUCACCGCUGCAGAGUCUGUCCCAGGAUCAGUUGACGUCGACGGGAAGCGUGUGGUCGGCUUGCGACCAGUUCCCCCAGCUGCCACAAGAUAAUAAAGAAGCAGUUCUGGUGGUUCUGUCAGCUCAGAUCGGAGUCAUCAAAGACGCCAUCGAGGAAAUUGAACAGGCGUUGUCCGAGCCCCUCGAUCCGUUCAGCGACGUCCUCGACGACGACCUGGAGGGGGAGGAACCCCGCGGCAACCAGGACACGUACUGGUCAGACAAGGACCGGCGCGUGAUUGGUCCUAGCCAGGGGCUGAUGAAGGCGUCGUCGGCGUGUCUGAGGAAGCUGACGUCGGCCAUCAGAGCCAAUGCCGACGUCGCCACGUCUCAGAACCGGUCACAGCUCGACGACCUGGCCGACAUCACCAAAGAGCUCAGCCCUGGUAUUGACGAUCUGGCUCUCUGCCUGUACCCGCCCAUGGACUACAGCAGCGUGGAGGAGCAUGUGUCUUCGUUGGCCGCUCUGUUAAAGAAAGUUCUGCAGAUCAUCAGGUCCAGUCACGUGUGCGGGGAGUCACAGCUGACCUGGGUUCAGUUCUUAGAAGGAGCCGUCGACCACAACCUGCAGAAAACCAAAGACAUCAUUCAGCAGGACAGCUAGUGUGCAUGUGUGUGCGUGUGUGUGCGCGCGCGCGCCAGUGCGUGUGUGCCAGUGCGUGUGUGCCAGUGCGUGUGUGCCAGUGCGUGUGUGCCAGUGUGUGUGUGUGCCAGUGUGUGUGACACGAAAUGUGGAUUUCAUCAUGUACAUCAAAUGAUUAAAGAAGAGGACGAGCCUCUACAUGA